UCUGUCUGACUUUAGUGUUUCCCUCUGAGGUGCAGUGAAUAAAUGAGGCAGCAGCUCACAGGUGAUUUCAGUUAACGGGACUAACGAGCAUCUGGAAGCACCGAGCGCUGACCUCUGAGACCAUGCUGCAUCUGCUGCUCACUGCACUUCUGUUUGUUCAAGUCCAUGCCAGGCCGAUACAGGAAGACAAAGAAGCACUGGAGGAAGACUGGUUCACGAGGGCGAUGGAGUACAUGAAGUCUAAUCCAGAGACGUUAGAAGAGCUGAUGGCCAAGAACCAGGCAGUGUUGGAGGGAGACAUGGUGCUGUCAAGCGAUAGGAACGCAGUGGAAAGCACGUGGCCGACACUGGAGAUACCGUAUGUCAUCAGUCCAGAGUUGGCUAGUCAGACAGACGACAUCGUCUCUGCGAUAGCAAUGGUGUCCGAACACACCUGUGUGUCCUUCCACAACCGAACCUCCGAGACGAACUACCUGCUCUUCAAAACCAGCAAAGGUUGCGCCUCAUAUGUGGGCUUCAUUGGCGGCGAGCAAUCUGUGUUUAUCGGGCCCCCGUGCAAGGUGGGUAACAUCAUCCAUGAGAUCCUUCACGCUCUGGGUUUCCAUCAUGAACACACGAGGACAGACCGCGAGCAGUACAUCAGAAUUCUUCCCCACAACAUUAUGGCAGGGAUGGAGAAAAACUUCAAAAAGCAACAUGGCCAAACCUUUGAUCUCCGUUAUGACAUUGCUUCUAUCAUGCACUACGGAAGUGGGUUCUUCUCGGCGAACGGACUGCCCACCAUCGUACCCAACACUGACGCGAAGAACAUGGGACAAAGGGUCAGAAUGACAGAGACGGACAUUGAGAAAGUUCGCCAUCUCUACAACUGUGGUGGCAUGAAAAAGGAGGUCAAGGAGGAGAGCGUUGAUGUGGAGAAGGCGAAAGACGCAAACAUGUUGCACAAUGUGGUGUCGGCCCUCAGGCCCAUGAACGAAGGUCACGCUCUGCCAACAAACCAGAGGAAGAUCUCACACUGACUGCUGCCUCAGCUCACUGCAGCACCUGAAUGCUGCCAGCAGAGGGCGACGUAACACCAUCAGAGAACAGACUGAGUUGUGGUUGAACUAAUUAUCAAUAAAACCAGUAUCUGAUAGAUUUGUCUUCACUGGCAUGUGAAUGCUAACUCAAGAAACAGUAACAUGAAAAUAGUAUUUUACCAAAUGCCCAGACUGUGUCCACCGGGAGUGUUAGUGUUUGCACCACACGCACUGCAGGGAGCGGAGCUGGUGUCGUGCCAGAACCGGAGCUGGGCGAGUGGGCAAUAUAACAGAGCCUCUAUGGACAUAAUGGCAGAGAAGAAGAGAUAAAUGUUGCCUUAAAAGAUAAACGUCUGUCUGUAUAGCUCAAAGUGUCGUCCUCAUUCUGUCAGCUCAACUUCACGGUUAAUAGACUGCUGCUCUCUCGGCUUCACUGUUUGACUGUUGUCUGUUACGAUAUGUCAAGCGUAAAUGUCAGAACAAUUUUCCACCAGCUUACCUGCAUAACAAUAAACGUUGCUGGAGAUAAAUAUU